GACUUGGAUGUCUGUGGUCACUUCAAGUAAAGUAAAGUUAUUAUUAUUUUUCUUUUCUUUGUCAUCACCCGAGGCUCAGGCACAUAUGACAUAAUGCUAAGCUAACGCCACCCGCUAGCGUCACGGUUGUUCUCAAAAUGUCUGCCAAGGAAUCUGUGGCAUGCUGAACAUUACAGAGACAACUCAAAAGACACCAAGGCCGUCUGUAAAGGAUCAAACUAACAGGUUAAAGCAGCAUCUCUCUCAACUCUCUGAAACCUACUUUGACCAGAACCUCCGCCAGCCUCUUUAAAUCUGAUCAACACGCACCACAUGUGUACAUGUCAGCCCCUUGAAUGUGCCUGAGCUUACCACUGAGCUGAGGAUCGAACCACCGACCUUGUGCAGACUGGAUGUGACCUUGUGACCCCUGGUUGCCAGGGAGAAAUCAGCGUGGCCAUGGCCACAGGGGCUACCGCUGGGGAGAGCCAACUCCAGAGGAUUAUCAGAGAUCUGCACGAUGCUGUUGCAGAGCUGGCAAAGGAGUACAGGGAAAGUGGGGAGCCAAUCACAGAUGACAGUACCAACCUGCACAAAUUCUCUUAUAAGCUGGAGUACCUGCUACAGUUUGACCAGAAGGAGAAGAGCACAUUUCUUGGUACAAAGAAGGACUAUUGGGACUAUUUCAGCGACUGUCUGGCAAAAAUCAAAGGGGCCAAUGAUGGGAUCCGCUUUGUCAGAUCCACCACUGAACUGAAGACAUCCCUGGGGAAGGGGCGAGCAUUUAUUCGCUACUCCCUCGUACAUCAGCGACUGGCUGACACGCUGCAGCAGUGCCUGAUGAACCAGAGAGUCACCAGUGACUGGUUCUACGCAAGAAGCCCCUUCCUGAAGCCCCAUCUUAGUGUUGACAUCAUCAAUCACCUGUAUGAACUCAAUGAGGUCCAGUUUGACGUGGCCUCCAGGGGACAUGAUCUUGAUGCCUCCUGGCCCACUUUUGCAAGGAGGACACUGGGAAGUGGAAACUCACCUGGCCACAUGUGGAAACCACCCAGUCGCAGUUCCAGCAUUAACAGUCUGGCCAGCACCUACUCCCAGCAAGCACAUGAGUUCCCCUCCAGCCCCGACUAUGGUCAGAGUCUGCUAAAUGACCUUAAUGAUUCCCUUCCUACGUGCUCCGAAGAUGUCGGCACAGUUGAAGACCUUCGUCUAGAACUGGACCAGUCCGAGCUGAAGCAGCGAGAACUCUUCGGUAAGGUGCAGCUGCUGGGCGAGGAGGCAGCUGAGCUCAGGGUUGUAGUCGUGGAGCUCCAAAGGCAGCUGGAUGUGUCGCUUUCUGCCCAAGAGGAGCAACGGGGCCUGCAGGGAGAACUCAUGGCUCUGCAAGGGAGAGAGGAGGCCCUGUCCAGAGAGGUGGAAACACUUAGGACUAGGGACAAAACCACAGAGGCUGAACAACGCCUGCUUCAUGAAAAGUUGGCAACUGCUGAAGGGAAGAACAUAGAGCUAAUGGCCAAGUUAGACGGGGUUCUGAAUGAGAAGGGCCAGCAGGCAACCAGCUACUUUGACUCAGCACAAAAGAUACACGAGUUGCUGGACAGAUUGAAAGAUGCAGAGCAAGGAAAGAUGGAAGCUGCUGCAGAGGCAGAUGAGAAGAAGAGGCUGGCAGAAAGACUGGAGGAGGAUCUGAGAUUCAAGGAGGCAGCUGCAAAGGAUGGUGAGAUCAAACUUGGAGAAUUAGUUUCAUCUGCGUCUGAGGAGAAGGCCACAUUGAUGGCGAAGGUGGAACAACAGUGUAGUGCACAUGACAAGCUACAGGGGGCAUUGACAUUAAGAGAGAAAGAGGCAAGCAACCUACAGAGGCAGCUGCAAGAUCUGCAAAGAUCUCUAGAGGAGCGAGAGAAAGAGGUGGAGGUUGUGAAGAGGAUGGCACAAGAAGAUAAAGAGGAAAUGCACCAGAAUGUCGGUGGCUUAAAAAAAAAGCUAGAAACAGAAGUUACUGCUCUUAAGGGGCAGGUUGAAAAGAAAGAAGCCGAGCUGACCUCAACCUGUGAGACCCUGCAACAGCUUGAAGCCAAGAACCAAAAGCUGAACACAGAAAGGGAGACACUGACAUGUGGCCUUGCUGAGCUCGAGGGAAGCAUCAAAGAACAGACCAAAAAGGUAGAAGAUUACAAGACACAGUGUACCAAUUUAAUGGAGCUGAAUGAGAAGCUGCUGACCAGGGUGAAGAGAAAUGAGGAGUGGAAGAAGGAGAUGGCAGACAACAGAGCAGUGCUUGAAGCAGAGUUAGCAGCUCUAAGGGCCUCUGAGAAACAGCUUCGCGGACAGAUGGAUGAUACCAAGAUGACAGUGGAUGAAAAAGAGAAGCUGUUGCGUGAAGAGAAUCGCAAGUUGGAUGAGAGUCUGCAGCGAGCAACCAUGGCCGCAAAGCUCUCAGAGAGCACGUUAAAGCAGCUUGAGCAGGAGAACCAGAGUCUGAAAGAAGAGCAGGACACUGUGAAAGCAGCUCUUGGUCGCAUGCAAGCAGACCUGAAGAGUGUACACGGGCAGAUCGGAGAGUUGGAGAAGAAUUUAGGAGCUUCACGCAAGAAUGAAGCCAGUUUUCAAAAAGAACUCCAAACCAAAGAGGACCUGCUAGUGAGCAAACAGAGGAACCUUGUUGAGCUUCAGUCCAGGUUAAAGGCUCUGGAGGCCAGGGGGAAGGAGCUUGAGAUGGCCAAAGCUGACGCAGAAGCAACUUGUGCUAGACAGACUGAAGUGAUUGAGAAGGUGACGUCUGAGAAGCAGACGAUGGAGAAGUGUCAGCUGGAGAGGAGUGCCGUUCAAGUGAAGGAGAACCAAGAGGUGACGGGCAAGCUGACUGUGUUUGAGGGCCAGUUGGAGCUGAGCCUGAAAGAAGUUUCCAGGUUCCAGGCAGAGGUCCUGGACCUCAGGGUGAAGGUACAGCGGUCUGAAGAAGAAAAGCUUAAAUCCCAAGCACAGCUGGAGGUGACAGAAGCCCAAAGAGAUGAACUCAGGACUCUGACCGAGCAGCUUAAAGCUCAGACAGAAGCACUCAACCAGAAGCAUGUAACAGACCUGAUGGAGUGCAAAAAGAAAGAAGAGACGCUGAUCGAACAGCGCGACAGAGAAGUAGCUGCCAACGCCGAAUUGGCCAUCUCUGCAGCUGCAGUCCGAGAAGAACUGUCCGGCCUCAAGGCACGAAACGAGAAGCUGGCCGUAGAGAACAGCGAGACACGUGAGGGUCUGCACAGGGCAAACACGGAGAUGGCCGAGCUGGGGAUGACCAUCUGCAAGCUGAGUGCUGAGAAAGAAGAGGCCAGAGAGCACUGCACAGGUGACGCUGCCAUGAUUGCAGAGAUGGAGAAAAAGGUGGAUUUGCUAGAAGAGUGCAUGACGGAACUGCGACUGGAGAAUAACAGAGUAAGAGAGGAGCUGUCGCAGAAGGAGAUGCUCCCAGGGACUAUCAUUGAGCUCAAGGAGCAGCUGGAAAAGGCCAAGAACCAAGUGCAGAGUGUCAAGGACUCCAGCAGAGAGGAGACGGAUGCUGUAAAGUUCCAGAUGAGCUCAGAGAGCAUGAAUUAUCAGAGCCAGAUGAAGAGUACGAAUGAACAGCUGGACAAGGUGAAAACUCAGCUGCAGGAGGAGCUGAAGAACGUGUGCAGCCUGCGGGCCAAAGUGUCUGAAUUAGAGGCUGAGAACGAGCAGUACCUGGUGCUGACCGGUGAGAAAGAUGCUCACAUCACGACGACAGAAGCAACCAUUCGUCGGAGUGAAAGCGAGAUUCAGCGACUGACAGAAGCAGUGAGCAAAGCUGAAGAUUCAGACUUCUCUGUGCAAAAGGUGUGUGAGGAACUGAAGGAAAAACUCAACGCGACGCACUCCGACCAGCAAAACCAAAACCUGAAGAUGACUGCAGAGAUUGACGACCUCAACAACACCAAGGCUUACCUUGAAGAGCGGCUCAUCGAGCUUAUCCGGGACAAAGAUGCUCUGUGGCAGAAGUCAGACGCUCUGGAGUUUGAGCAGAAACUGCGAGCAGAGGAGCGCUGGUGGUCUGAUAAAGAGGCGACUCACUGCCUCGGCUGCAAGGGCCAGUUCACCUGGUGGCUGCGCAGGCAUCACUGCAGGCUCUGUGGUCGGAUCUUCUGCUACUACUGCAGCAACAACUUUGCAGCGACCAAGCACAGCGGGAAGAAGGAGCGCUGCUGCAUGGAGUGCUACACCCAACACAGUGCCGUGGUGGAGAGGUUCACUGAGGCAGAGCUGAGUCCUUCAGAGAUCCUGCCUCCUCCACCUGGAGCUGGACCCCAACCGUCUCCUGAACCGGCUCCGUACAAACCCACCCCCAGGGUAACAGUUUCUGAUCCAAGCAACAAAUCAGACGAUGGAGUUUUCGACAUCAUCACUGAAGAGGAAGUGAAUGGCGUCUACGACAGCGACACCACCUCCCAGACCACAGCAGGCUCACUGGAUGGAGAACAAGACCGGCGGCCUCCGGGAUCUAUGGAUAUAGGAACAGGAGAUUUGAUGCCUGAUGACCCUGAAGAGCACGUCCCCACGGUUCAGGAUUCAGAGAUCAACCUCCUCAGAUCAGGAGAAGUGACCAUGGCCGUUCCCCUCAGCAUUGACGCCAUUUGUCAGUUUGGGGACGGCUCUCGGGAACUCUUCGUCAAGUCCAGCUGUUACAGUGUAAUAACCGUACCUGUAGACGACUGCGGACCGACCAUCUGCUGGAUGUUUUCCUCGGAGCCCAAAAGCAUCUCCUUCAGUGUGGUUUACCGGGAAUCUGCUGAGACACAGGUGGAACAGUCGAAGGUCCUGAUUCCUCUGACUCGCUGCAAUUCUCAUAAAGAGACAAUUCAGGGUCAACUGAAGGUCCGACACCCCGGCCUCUACUCACUCAUCUUUGACAACUCCUUCUCACGGUUUAUCUCCAAGAAAGUCUUUUACCAUCUGACCAUGGAGAAACCCGUAAUCUACGACGGAAGUGACUUUCCCUGAUGCUGGAUGACGCACGCUGCCACAGAGCGCUCAUUCCGAUGUCACUGUGGCAUCGAGACACUGCAGAGAUGGUGAUUCAAUGAAUGUUGCCAUUCAUUUUAGUUUUACCCAAAACCUGCUUUUACCCAAGUAUUGUCAGCAUCUUUCAAUGUUUCUGUUUAAUUUAAGUCUGUGGUGUUGAUGUAUUGAGGUGUGAUUGUGUUUUAACUGUAAGUUAAGUGAAGUGUAGUCAACAACAUGAGAGAGAAACAGAAAGACAAGUGUCUAUGCAAGUUUUAUAAUCAAAUUUUAAUAUGUACACCAAGUUAUAUACAAAAAUCAAGUUCAGCCAAGUUUAAAUUACGUUGCUCGUCUAGAGAAACUGUAAUUUUUUGUUUUAUCUUUCUGUAAUGUUUCUCUGCCUUAAGAAUGAUUUGGCUUCUCUUUUCCCAAAUAUGCUGUUACAAUAGGGAAGGCAGAUCGCUGCAUGUAACACAAACAAUGUGAAAUCUGGUAUAAGACCCAAGAGCGAAUAUUUCUCACGCUCAUGGCCAGUUUUUAUCAAGUUAAAAGUUUUUUACAAUAUUUUAGAAGAUGAGGAUCUGGUUUGCUCGCAGGUUUUUAACUAAUUGAAUUGUCUGAGCAUAUUUGCACUGUGCCAGUGAAGGAAGGAAACAAAGCAGUGACUGACUAACUGGCCUGGAAAAAAACAAAGUUUCUGCUUGAAAACAAAGCAUUAUGCACUUUGUGCAACUCUCAGGAGGGGGAUACAACGUUGUCCUUAAAGCAUGUCCUCAUUUAAUGUUUUCGGAAAGCUAAAAAAAAACAGGCCAGAGAAGACAAUUGUCACAGAUAUUAAGGAGACCUGAACACUAGCUCUCUCACCUAGUGAAGUAGAGUGCCUGUGCUUACUGAGGACAGACUGACUGUGUGCCAUUAUGAUGACACUAUUUCAAUAUAUUUACUCACUAAUGAGCUACUGUACUUUUAAAGUGCCUUUUAACUCUAAUCACCAGGACUUAGUUUUUCUUUUGUGGCAUUUGACUAUAUCCUCACAGAACAUGAUUUCUCUGUAGAAACUUUCUGACAUUUAAAUCACAAUAUAACAUACACAACAUCAUAUAUUUCAGUUGAGUCGUUUUCAUUAUAAUCUCUGGAAUCGGUCCCUCUGGCUUUUCCUGUUUCUCUCAGUGAUGAAAUGUGUUGACAUUUUUUUUCCAUUUUAUUGUUUAGUUUUUUUUCAAACAUGAAGCAAUUUGAAAAGAAUCAGCCUGAUCACUUUUGGACACUGCCUAACAUUUAUUGAAGCGCUCGAUGCUGCAUUUACAGAGAUCUUGUUGUCUCACGGUCGGAUCUCUUUUAUACUUUUGAUGAGUGUAAAUCGGUGCAAUUUCUAUGCAAAGUCUGAUAUUUUCUCUGCAGUGCUGCAAUUUGUGAUAAUUACUUUAUACUUUGUUAUGAACAACAUGAAAUCUGUUAAGUUUACAUUAUCACACGGUGACAGAUUUUUGUACUUGCUCUAACAUCUUGUGGAAUAAAUCUGAGCAUUAUCACUACGAGCACUCGGUGUAGCUGGUUUGGUGAUAUGGUCAUUGCUGAUAAA